AUGAAACUCGGAAUACUUAAUGGCGCUAUCGACUUUUUAGAUCAGAAAUAUAAAGAAAUGUUUGACUCUACAGAGGAAAUCCAAAAACACCAAACAGAGCUAAACGAAAUCCGAAAACCAAAAAGUGACAACGAAAUCCGAAAACCAAAAAGUGACAAUGAAAUACAAAAACCAAAAAGUGAUAAUGAAAUUCAAAAACCAAAAAGUGACAACGAAAUCCAAAAACCAAAAAGUGACAACGAAAUCCAAAAACCAAAAAGUGAUAACGAAAUUCUAUCAAAAAUUUCAGAACUAAAAGCAUCCGAUGAUUUUGAAAGUAUUUACAAUUUCCUUGAUGAACUUUCAUCUGAAGGAAAUCAAAAAUUUCUUUCAAAAGCAUAUGAAGAAGGGCUUUCGAAAAAGACAGCUCCUAAAAAAUACAAGUGGGAAUAUGAAAGGAAUGGACUUCAUGAAGCAUGUAAAAGAGGAAAUCUCAACCUUGUUAAAUCCCUCGUAAGAGCCGGCUGUGAAAACGAAGCAAAGAGUAAUCGAAAUUCUCCACUCUUUCAUGCAUCAAUUGGAGGCAAUCUUGAAGUUGUUAAAUAUCUUAUCUAUAUUGGGGCUAGUAAAGAAAUAACUGCUAAUGGAAGGACUCCACUUAUUUUUGCAUCAGAAAAUGGUCAUGCUGAAGUUGUUAAAUUUCUAAUCUCUAUUGGAGCUAUUAAAAGCCAAAUGGUAACAAAUGGGCUCUAA